GAUUCGAAGCUCGAGGAGGGGGAGAAGGAGGGGGAGGGGAGGAGUUUGUGUGCAGGUGAUGAGUGGAGGAAAGUUGCUGGCUUCCCCCACCAUCCACAAAUCAACGUCAGAAUGUUUCAGUUCAGCCCACACACAACCUUCAGCUUCUCUAUUCGACUCUAACCUAACUUUAACCCAACCGCAGGUUAUACCACAUCCGAACCGGUUAACCGACUGACCGAGCAAUCCGCCUGACCUCGAAUAUCCCUGCUUUAUAUUUUUGCUUUGUUUGAGCGGUCGGGGCUGCCUGAGGGAGCUACUGCGGAGGUGAGCAUCUCGGCUACUGUCUUCCACUUGUUUGUACCCUGUACCUACAUGCAUGUAUCUCAUACAUUGUCCCUCUUCCGUCGUUCGUGCCCCUUCAGCCCUGUCCGGCUCCCUGUCCGGCCGGGGAAGUUGGACACACUACGGCAAGUGCAAUAUGCGUGGAAACGACCAAUCCUCAGUUCGCUUGGCUGUGUCCCUCGUUCCCCUGCUCGGCCCGCGGUUAUCUGGCCACCGCGCUGUGCGCCACGCCAAGUUGGGCCUCAGGGAAGCAGGACCUCAUCGCGACCGUAUCGUUACCAUGGCUUCGUCGUCCGCCACGCCAUCGGCCCUGCCGUCCUCUUCGGCGGCUGAUGCGGUUGCCAAACUAACAGCCGCCCCCACCGCCGGUACCGAGACGGGGACUGGGACUGAACCAACAGCGGCCGAAGCAGAGGCCGAGGCUUACGAGCGGACACACGUCCACGGCGUCUACGAGGCGAUCGCCCCGCACUUCUCGGCCACUCGCUACAAGCCUUGGCCUGCCGUGGGGUCGUUCCUGCGCUCUCGGGCAGCCGGCGCCGUUGGGCUCGAUGUGGGCUGCGGCAAUGGCAAGUACCUGGGCGUGAACCCCGACGUCUUCAUGCUGGGCUCUGAUCGGAGCCCAUCGCUCAUCGCGCUUGCCAGGGACCGUUGCAUGCAGCUCCAAGCUCAACAGGGUAAUGCGGCCGAGGCAGGAACAGGCGGGGAAGCCGGUGGCGCCGUGGUGGCCACUGACGUUCUCGUGGCUGACGGGCUUUUGCUACCCUUCCGUGAGCGUGCUGCAGACUUCGUCAUCUGCGUGGCCGUCAUCCACCACAUGUCGACGCGGGCAAGGCGGCAAGAAGCGAUCCGGCAGCUGCUGCGAUGUGUCAGGUUGGGAGAGGUCGGGCAGACAGGGGGCCAGGUCCUCGUCUACGUUUGGGCGCUGGAGCAGAACGCAAGCCGACGCGGAUGGGACGAGGGCGGCGAGCAGGAUUUGCUGGUGCCGUGGGUCUUGAAGUCCCAACAGAAGCAGCCGAAGCAGCAGAAGCCGCAGAAAAGGGCCCUAGCCCAAAACCAAGCCAUUGGUGGCGGUGAUGCCGUCGAUAAGGGCGGUGAAACACCGCCUUCACCAACACCAGCUGGCCCUGCCGAACCAGGGACGCCACUUAGCCACACCGACCCCGUCUUUCAGCGUUACUACCACCUCUACCGCAAAGGCGAGCUGGAAGAGGAUGUGCUGGCGGCAGGGGGUGUUGUCGUUUCCAGCGGCUACGAGAGAGACAACUGGUGGGUGGUUGCUGCCAAUGAGCCGGUCCCCCAGGGUCAACAAUGA